AUGUCGGGCCAGAACACUUGGAAACAGAGUGUAGCGGUGUUGCAGCAGCCUCAUCAGCCGGAUGUCGAUGAAGAGCUGGGUGUCGCGAUGCACAUAGGCGGAGACGUGACUGAUUCCGUGGAACCAGUACGACUGCUUUAUACAAACCUGAAGGAUCCUGAGGGGCUCGCCGACCUCCUCCUGGAUGAGAGGGUGGACAUCCGCCUGGUGCGGGGAGAUUUCCUGACACGUCUUGACGGGGAGAAGCAAACUUUCAUCCGUCGCCAAGAGUUGGAAGACUCUUCGAAGUACCCGGAUGCUUUCGUCACACGCGAGGAGUUACUGAAGUGGAAGACGGUCGCAGCAUAUCGCCGCACGGUUCGGAUUAUCGGCGUCUCUCACGUGUGGGAAACCAGGGAGCAUCCUGAUCCCAGGGGGAAUCAACUGGCGAUGAUCGCCAGAGCCCAGCUUUGGCAUGACGAGUCCUCCUGGUAUUUCUUGGACUACAUGUCAGUCUAUCAGUUCUACCGCACAAGUGUCCAGCAGAACAGAAGUUUUCAAUACACGAUGAUGCACAUGCACUUCUUUUACGCACAUGAGUACACAUGGACCUACCGCAUCGAAGACUUGGCCCCGUUUGAAGAAGCUGACCGACACAAGCAUGUUCAAGUGUUCUUCACAGAGACAGGAGUCCCGCAAGAUGGAAAGGUGGAGGUACGGCCUUUAGCAGAUCUCCAGGAGAACUCCACACCCUAUUCUCGGCGGGGGUGGUGUGAAGCUGAGUGCCAGUGGUCGAGCAUGCGAAGCAAAUCUCGACAGACUGUCUCGCUCUCCUUCGUGUCUCCGGAGACCUGGACCAGAGCUCCCAUGGCGCCUGAGGUCUUCCAAGCAAAAGUAGCCAACUUUGAGCUUUUGUUCACGCACCAAGAUAGUGCCGAGGCCGUGAAGGAGCUGCAGGAACGUGUGUUCAGGGAGAAGGCGGCGGAAUGCGAGACGCUGGAGAUAUCCCUUCUGCCACAUCGCGAACUUACGAUCCUCUCUAGCGCGCUGUCGCUUUACAAGAACCUAACAGUCCUGAGAAUAAGCAACAGCCAAGUUGACUGUCGGGGUGCGGAGGCCUUAUCCACCGUGUUGACUAUGCGAGAGCUACGUCUCCAAAACCUUCGCAUCCCUGGGGACGCAGUGCGCAAAUUAGCUCUGGGCUUCAAGGGCAACACUGCGCUGUUGAACAUGACAUUCACUGGGUGCCUGGUGGAUGCGAAAGGUGCAGAAGGUCUGGCAGAAGCGAUCGCAUGCAAGGAGACCAAAUUGGAGUCCCUGGAUCUGUCUCACAACGUCCUGAAGUGCAAAGGGGCCAAGCACCUCGCCGAUGCCUUGAUCCACAACUCCGUCUUGCAAAGGCUGGACCUGAGCUCCAACAGCAUUGCAGAUGACGGGGCAGCCAGCUUUGCAGGCCUCUUCAAGAACUCUGCCUUGAAGCUGUGUCUCGCUGACAACUGCUUCGGGAAAGAGGCGGUGGCCAUCUUGCAGAGAGCGCGGGACGAGGUCUUGAGGACUGAUGGCAAGGUCCAUCUCGAGAUGACCCACGCCCCCCUCGUAUAUCGCGAAGAUGUCCUUUUUGCGUUAUUCUGUGUGGUUUAUGUCGCCGCCUUGGCCUGCCAUGCAUUUUUGAUAUUUUUGGCAUUCCUAUACUAUUUCGACGAUGUCCGCAGAGAGGAAAAAGCUCUGCCACCGGCUGGAGAUGCGGAGCUUCUAGAAAUGUGGCUCACUGUGCCAAGCCUGCUGCUGAUUGCAGUGGGACUUGUUGUUGUCCUUAUUGUCCCAAGCAUACUUAUUGCAGGGGGUGUCAUAUUAGCAGUUGGUAACAAGUCAGGUUCAAUCAAACUUGAGGAACAGCUCAAGAGAUACUCGUCGCGUGCACUUCCUGGUCUUUUGAGGAUCUGGUCAAAGAUCUGGGUGUGUUACUCUACAGUGUGGCUGCCUGCCAUGCAAUUAUACACCCUCCUGGCGGCUCCGCGAACGGAACCCAGUUGGACUAUUACUGCAGUCAUUCCAUAUACACUAGUUUGGACAGCGCUCUUCUCGCUGCUGGCCUGCCUCGUUCUAUUUCACCCCAUGUUUCGUGCCAUAUUUCGGACUUUCAUUCAGGAGGGCAGCUUGCCGUCACUGCCUUUACGGCUAUGA